CCGAUUUUAAGGCCAUUUAAGCAGAUCUGAACUUUCUUUUGGAUCAAGUUAACACACUGCUUAAAAAUUCAGAAAAAUAGAAAAAUUCUGACAUCUUAAAAACAAGUGCAAGUUUGACAACAUGUCAGUUCACAUUCUCUUGUUUGUUGGAUUGUGUUUUGUGACAUGCAGCUCAGAACCUGACCUUUUAUCUGAAAUAAAAGAAAAGGCAAUUAAGUCUAAAGGGAAAGUGUUAGCGUGGGCUUGCGAUUAUGUAUCGGAAGAUGAGGAAAUGAGACUCUUGUCUGAUUGCUCCUUUGAACGAGUACAGAGUUUGGAUAGAAGAUUUGAGCUACCGGAUCCUAAAGGAAACAAAAUGGUUGUGUGGGGAUUUAAUAAACAACCUCUUAAAAAGGAUAGCAAUGGCAACAUUAUCCCAUGGGAGUGUAUACAGAUAUCACAAAAGAACCCGGAUGGAGAAAUUGUGAUAGUGGCGCCUAAUCAUGAAACAGAACAUGGCUUGAGUGAAGUGAUUUCCAAAACGGUUGGAGCAGGACAGUGGAUCGGUGAUCAGUUUAAAACAGGAGUUAAAGUGACAGUUGAUGGAAUCGUGUACGUAGGAGAUAAAAUAUACGACGGACUCAAGACUGCAUCGACAGGAGUGGUAAAGGUCUCAGAGCAAGUGUUUAAAGGGCUGAAGGAUACAGCAAAUGAUGUUGGUAAUGCACUCAAGGCUGGAUUCAAUGCAUUUGUUUCAUUUUUUGGAGGAAAAUAGACACUUACAAACACAAUAAGCUGACGUAUGGAUGUACAACCUCAGAAUGACGUUAAUUUGAACUAACAGAGAAACAUCACUUUAGUUAAGCGUGAAUUAUCGAAGGAAUGUUCUCAAAAUAAAG